AUGGAAAAUAUGGAGCAGAAUCAAGGGACAUUUCAGAGACAGCAUCAACAGGACUUGAAGCUGAGUGAAGUUGCAGGUUAUCCGAGGACAUUUGAUCCUAAUUUCAAGGGGCCUGUUGCCAAGAGGAGUUGUACGGAUGUUCUGUGCUGCAUCAUCUUCAUACUGUUCAUCAUUGCCUACAUUCUUUUAGGACUUGUGGCCUGGGUACAUGGAGACCCCAGGAGAGUGGCCUACCCUACAGACAGCAAGGGCCACUUUUGUGGCCAGAAGGGCACCCCCAAUGAGAACAAGACCAUUUUGUUUUACUUUAACUUGUUCAGCUGUACCAGUCCCUCUGUGGUGGUAAACUUACAGUGCCCUACCACACAGAUCUGUGUCUCCAAGUGCCCAGAAAAAUUUUUAACUUACAUGGAAAUACAGUUUAUGUACAGAACAAACAAACACUAUUGGAUGUACUACAGCCAGUUCUGCAAAUCCCCUUUUGUUAAGCCUGCAAAGACUGUCACACAAGUCUUACUGGAUGAUGAUUGUCCAAUGGCAAUUUUUCCAAGCAAGCCAUUUCUCCAGAGAUGUUUCCCUGACUUCACUACUAAAAAUGGCACUUUGACAGUAGGAAAUAAGACAAUAUUUGAAGAUGGAAGUGGAAAGAAAAGAAAUGCUAUAGAACUCAGGAGAGCUGCAAAUCGUGUCAAUAAAAUCCUUGAUGCAAGGGCAAUUGGAAUGAAAGUAUUUGAAGACUAUGCAACAACUUGGUAUUGGAUUCUCAUUGGCCUGACUAUCGCCAUGCUCCUUAGUUGGUUGUUUGUGAUACUCCUGAGGUUCACAGCUGGAUUCCUCUUCUGGGUCUUCAUGGUGGGUGUGAUUGGAAUUAUAGGUUAUGGAAUAUGGCACUGUUACCAGGAACAUAGCAAUCUUCAGGGACGGCCAAAUUCUCACUUAACUAUAUAUGACAUCGGGUUUCAGACAGAUAUAAGCAUGUACUUCCAACUGAAACAAACAUGGUUUGCAUUUAUGAUAAUACUCUGCCUUCUUGAAGUGUUUAUCAUCCUCAUGCUGAUCUUCCUCAGGGAACGAAUCCGCAUCUCCAUUGCCCUGCUGAAGGAAGGGAGCAAAGCCAUUGGAUACCUCCCUACUACAUUAAUUUAUCCGGUUUUAACUUUCAUUUUCCUCUCCAUCUGUAUUGCCUACUGGGCAGUGACAGCAAUUUACUUGGCUACAUCGGGGGUACCUAUAUACAAAGUCAUAUCCCCAGAAAGGACAUGUAAACAUGAAAAUACAACCUGUAACCCAGAGAUUUUUAAUACAACUGAAAUUGCCAGAGUUUGCCCUGGGGCUCAGUGUAACUUUGCUUUCUAUGGUGGAAAGAGCCUAUACCAUCAGUAUGUCCCUACCUUCCAGAUGUUCAACCUAUUUGUCUUUCUCUGGCUUAUAAACUUCAUCAUUGCACUGGGUCAGUGUGCCCUUGCUGGUGCCUUUGCUUCUUAUUACUGGGCCUUGAAAAAACCUGAUGACAUCCCACAGUAUCCAGUUUUUACUGCAUUUGGACGAGCCAUACGAUAUCACACAGGAUCCCUAGCAUUUGGAUCUUUAAUUCUUGCAUUAAUUCAAAUGUUUAAAUUAGUCCUAGAAUACUUGGACCACCGUCUUAAAGAGGCCCAGAACAACAUUUCUAAAUUUCUACAAUGCUGCCUGAAAUGCUGUUUCUGGUGUUUGGAAAAAAUGGUAAAGUUUUUUAACAGAAAUGCCUAUGUUAUGAUUGCAAUAUAUGGCAAAAACUUCUGCAGGUCAGCAAGAGAUGCUUUCAAUCUGUUGAUGAGAAAUGUUUUAAAAGUUGCAGUUAUGGAUAAAGUUACAGACUUUGUACUAAUCCUGGGGAAAAUUCUAGUUGCUGGAUGUAUAGGUGUGCUGGCCUUCUUACUGUUCACCCACAGAUUGCCAAUGAUGAUAGAAGGACCAACAUCUUUAAAUUACUACUGGGUACCUUUGCUGACAGUCAUUAUUGGAUCUUACCUAGUUGCACAUGGGUUCUUCAGCGUCUAUGCAAUGUGUAUUGAUACAAUUUUCAUCUGCUUCUUGGAAGAUAUAGAAAGAAACGAUGGUUCUGCUGAAAGGCCCUAUUACAUGAGUCAGUCUCUACUGAAGAUUCUGAACGAGCCAAGUAUGCAAACUAAGAAGCAUUAGAAGUGCAAACUGUGGUCAUCCUGCAGCGGUGUUACCUAAUCUUCAUCUGCUGUGUCUGCACAAUACUAGUUUCAUAAGUGCUUUGUGUUUGGAACACUGUAUUCACCACCUUGUUGGCUUUUAUUUGCAUGUUUAAUACCAAAGCUUAUACUGUAAUAUGUGAAGCCAUCAGAAGUUGCAAGGGAAUUGUUAAUAACAUGGUACAUUUUUAUACUAAGAUCUUUUGUUUUGUAAUUCAUUUUUAAAUAUAGUGGCUUGGAUGUUUUGAAAACACUAGUGAAUAUGUUCAUAUUCUUUUAAAUAUUACAUUGGAAAAUGAAACGUUAUUUAAAUCGAUAGCUCCUAAUAUAUUUUUUAAAUUACAACUAAAAGAUUUCUGCAGGGAAAAUUGGUCAACAAA